UUUUAUUUUUUAUGUUCCCAUUCACUAUAGUGGGGGACAUAUGGAUUUUCCCCUGUUGGUCUGUUUCUGCCAACUUUAACAUUUUGCAAUCACUUUUGCUAUAUUGAAGAAAGCUACUUCAUAUUUGGCAUGUAUGUGUUUUUCAUGGAGCUGCACAUUUUGAGUGGUACUUUCUGAUAAUGGGUUAAAAUGAAAGUGAAUAUCUGUUAACAGUUGCACUGCAUAAGCAUGAAACAAAUUGCCUGGAUUAUUUCAUUUAUUUUUCUUACACAUACUGCUCUGAUAGGGAAUACAUGUUAUAAACAUGACUUGCGAGUUUUUCACACCUUUAUUGACAUUACACAACAGAUUAACACCAAUGAGCUGUCGAAAGUCGUUUAACCUCUAUGCCAUUAAAAUCUGUUAAAUGGACGAAUAAAGCAAUUAAGCUGUGAUCUUCGCCAUCUUUGUACCAGAUUGCAGAAUUUCCAAUUUCAGAUUUCCAGUUUGCGAAGUCAUUUUUGCCAAUUCCCAAUGGGCAGAAUAUUUAUUUAUUAGGUUGUUUACGAUGUAUCCUUGUUUGAAGCUUUAUUAUUGCAAUAUUUCUGCCUAAAUACAUGUAAUAAGAAUUGUUGGGCCUCUUACAAGUAAUAAACAUCGUAGGGUCCCAUAUAAGAAAUAAACAUGUUUACACUAAUUUUCGGGUCUCAUAUAAGUAAUAUUGUUGGGUCCCAUAUAAGAAAUACUGUUGAGUCCCAUAUAAGAAGUAUUAUAAGAAAUAUUGUUGGGUCCUAUAUUAGAAGUAUUGUUGGGUCCCAUAUACGAAACAUUGUUGGGUCCCAUGUAUAAUAAGCAUUGUAAGAAAUAUUGUCAGGUACCAUAUAAGAAAUAUUGUUGGGUCCUAUAAGAAGUAUUGCUGGGUCCCAUUUUAGAAACGGGUUUUUUACCUUCUAUAACAGACGCCGAACUAGGCUGUUUGUUUCCCCUUUCUGGUCAAAAAAAUUCCACCUAAAAAAAAAUAUAUAUUUAUUUUUAGCUCCAUCUGGCCAGCGGGGCUUAUGUCAUGGUCCUGUGUCCGUCGUGUGUCCAUGCGUGCGUUAACUUUUUCUUUAAACAUCUUCUUCUUCUUCUUUUUACAGUUUUGAGCACGAACAGUCCGUUUUUCACGAUUUAAAACGGCCGUUUUUGUAAAUAUUCACGGACAUGAAAGGAUUGUGAAUUGGCCGUGUCAAAAUUGUGAAAUGUCCGUCCAUGGCCAAUCGCAAAGAAGGAAAAAAAGCCCUGAAUCCACAACGAAUACAAUGACACAAUACAACAUAAAGCUAAUUAUGGCAUGUUCACAGACAUUCAAAUAUUUUGCAGAAAUGCAUUUGCCGUUGUUAUACAUUUUUAUACACGUAUAAUAUGUACGUAAAAACGACACCCUUCUAUUACUCAUCAUAUUAAGGGUUGCGGCAUGUGGAUAUUGUCUUUAACAUCUUGAAUGGCAAAAAGGGAUUUUUGUCCGUUAAAUGAAGGAUUUUUUGGCUGUUUUAAAGAAUUUGAAGUAUUAUAAAAUUGUUUAUAAGUUUUUGUCACAGUGUAUAUGGGUUCCUCUACCCCUCCAGUGCACAUAUUACUCCUCGUCAAAUUUUUCUUGGUCAUACGUGCACUGUUUGGGUAGAGGAACCAAUAUACACUGUAAACAAAAAACUAUAACUUAUGAUAUACAUAACAGCAAAACUUCAGUUGUAAUGUCCAAUAUACUUUUCUGUAGAUUUCAGUAAGACCCACCAAUGGAUAAUAAUAUCAAGGCCCAACUGUUGACUAUAUACUUAUAUAUAUGUGGCGCGUUUCUGAAAAAGGCCCCUUUUGUGUGAACGUCAAAUAACGGAGAAAUGACGUUGUGAAGAUAUGCAUUAUUUUCCGACGUUUAAAAAUUAUUUUAGACAAACAUCACACAAAUUUAAUCACUAUGCUAAUUCAUUUAAUUUAGAACGUGUAACAAUACAAAUUGGCCAUAUUACAUGUAUAGUAGUAAACAACGGACAAAACUUCUUGCAAAAUUAUAUCGUCAAAAUAGUUGCAUUGAUAUAAAAACAUUUUUAGAGUUCACACAGCAUCUCUUCAAAAUUAUAGGUUUGAACAAGUUUUCAUUUGAUCAUAUAAAACGUGUACAUUAUCUGAAUAGGAAAAGAACGAACUUUAAGAACAUUUUAAAAACUCAAUUUAUUUUUGUCACAUUCAUAUGGCCUUUUUUUCUGAACCAUGUCACGUAAACAUAAUAGCAAAACCUUCUGUUAUCCAAGCCAAUAUAUAUUUUCUAUAGAUUUCAGCAAGACCCACCAAUGGAUAAUAGACAUACAAGACCCCACUGUUGACAUUAUAUGUUUACAGUCAUUGAGGCAACUGUUGAAGACACCCACAGUCUAGAAUCUAUACAGGAGUCAGAGCCUCUCAUGAUACAACAUGCCAGUGUUGACUGUGCUGAUCAUAUGCAAUCUACAGGUUUCACUUUGGUUCUUUCAGAGUCCAUGUCAACUGCUGACAGUGAAGAGCCAGGCAGUCUGACCCAUGAUAGGAGGGAGCCAAGUGAAGAGCCAGCCAGUCUGACCCAUGAUAGGAGGGAGCCAAGUGAAGAGCCAGCCAGUCUGACCCAUGAGUCCAUGUCAACUGCUGACAGUGAAGAGCCAGGCAGUCUGACCCAUGAUAGGAGGGAGCCAAGUGAAGAGCCAGCCAGUCUGACCCAUGAUAGAAGGGAGCCAAGUGAAGAGCCAGCCAGUCUGACCCAUGAGUCCAUGUCAACUGCUGACAGUGAAGAGCCAGGCAGUGUGACCCAUGAUAGGAGGGAGCCAAGUGAAGAGCCAGCCAGUCUGAGCCAUGAUAGAAGGGAGCCAAAUCCUCAAGAGUCCAUGUCAACUGCUGACAGUGAAGAGCCAGGCAGUCUGACCCAUGAUAGGAGGGAGCCAAGUGAAGAGCCAGCCAGUCUGAGCCAUGAUAGGAGGAAGCCAAGUGAAGAGCCAGCCAGUCUGACCCAUGAGUCCAUGUCAACUGCUGACAGUGAAGAGCCAGGCAGUCUGACCCAUGAUAGGAGGGAGCCAAGUGAAGAGCCAGCCAGUCUGACCCAUGAUAGGAGGGAGCCAAGUGAAGAGCCAGCCAGUCUGACCCAUGGUAUUUCUGUUGUCAUAUAAUAA